AUGGAUCAAUAUAUUGAAUCUCCUAAAUUGGCAACAUAUUUACAUCCAGGUCCUAGUGGACCAUUCCUUGAAUUAAACAAUGAACCAAUAAAACCACCGUCACCAAGUACAUCAGCUUUAUUACAACAUAAUCCAAGUUUAAUUGAUCUAUGUACAUUUAAUUCAUUAUGUCAAAGACUUGUUGAAAAUUCUUCAACAUCAAAUACAUCACCAUAUAAACCAUUUGUUAAUCCGUCCGAUUUAUAUUUUUGUAUUCCACCAAUGACACAAAUUGAUUAUUCACCUCCAACAAAUGAUACAAAUACAAAAUCAAAUAUAAUAUCUGAUUCAACAGCAUCUCCAAUUAGUUCAGCUGGUGAUUGUAGUCCUAAUGUAUCAUCGUAUACUUCAACACCAUAUUCAAGUCCAAAAGUUAAAAAUGUUUUUCAACAAAAUUCUCCACUUGAUUUAUGUGUUACAAAAGAUUUUGCAACAACAACAGUAGAAACAAUUAAACAUCGACAUAGUAGUGAAAAUAUAUCAAAUUAUGAAUUAUCAGAUUUUCUUAAUAAAAUUGAAAAAUCUUCAACAGAUAAUACAAAUAGUCAAUGUGAUAAUAAAAAUGUACAACAAACUGUAACUAAACAUUCUCAUACAUCACCUAUUCUUCAUCGUUUACUUACAUCUCCAACAAAACUAAAUGAAAAUUCGUCAGUAUCAAAUCAAAAUGAUUAUGUUAAUAAUGUUAAUAAUAAAAGUCCACAAUAUCAACCAAGAUAUUCUCCUUUUUAUGUACCGGACACAAAAACAAACAUAAAAAUUACACCAAGAGAUUAUUUAAACAGAAAUCGCAAAACUUCUCGCCAAUCAUGUCGCUCACCUGUAUUUACUCGACGUCCACCUGAACAAAAUCAAACAAUAAUCGAAAGUGAUAGCAAUAGUCAAAAACCUCAAUAUGAUUCAUUAAUUCAACCAACGGCUUUACUUUCAUUAGACACAAAUGGUAUUUUCAAUGUCAAUGAAACUCAUACAACUAAUUCAUUAUCAUCAUCAACUAUAAUAAAUAAUAAUAACAAACGUCUUUUAGAAUCAUCUUCAUCAGAACAAAUUUUAGUUAAACGUCGACAGAAAAGAUCAAUACCAACAAUUACUAUUCAACAAAAUUAUUGUAUAACAUAUCCAAAUAAUAUUUCACGUUGUAUUGAUUGUCAAACAGCUAAUCCAAAUGAUGCUUCAAUGCAUCUUACUGGUUGUCGUUUUCAACAUUGUCGAACAUUACAAGAUUUCGGUGAUGAUACAUAUGAAGUUGAAGGAUUUACUACAUCUUUUGAAGCUAAAACACCAGAAACAGAAUCAUUAUGUACACCAAAUUCAAGUGGUCAACCGCCAUUAAAUUUCUUCGAUGCUAACUUUGUAUUUAAACAAAUAGCUAAACUCUUUUGUUUAAUGUUUAAUCAUGAACAAAGUGAACAUUCAACAUAUGAUGAAAAAAGUAUCAUACGUAAAAAAUAUAUGGCAGGUUGGAGAGAAGUAUGUGAUGAAUGUUUAACAACACUUUUUAAUUAUCAUUAUAUGUGUAAACAAUGUGGUUAUAUGAUUUGUAUUGAAUGUUCAAAGCAAUUUUUACUAUUAACUAUCGAAAAACGAAAAAGAUUAAAACGUUUUUGUCCACAUAAUGAUUCAUUUUGUUUAUCAGAAUUGAUUCCAUGGGAUGUUCUGGUUAAACUACGUAGUAAUGUUAUAGAUUAUUUAAGUAAAUUAAAAAUUGAUUAUUCAAUUAAAUUAUAUCAUUCAUCAAAAGCAGAAAAUCUUUCAACAUUUAUUAAAAGCUUAAAAAUGAAACGAUCACAUGAUGCUCGUGAUAUACAAAAAAUUUGGUCACCUAUUGAUUGUAAUAAUGAUCCAAAUAUAGAAUUUUAUUGUAAUGGUCGUUUACCUGUAUUUAAUGAAUGGACCAGUGAGAAUGCUAAACAAUUUUUUCGAAAAGUUUGGUCAACUAGUUGUCCAGUACUUGUUAGACAAGUACAUCAUAAAUUAUCAAAAACACUUUGGCUACCUGAUGCAUUUAAAGAACAUAUGAUUGAUCAUCGAGAAACACCAGCUUUAUGGGAUUGUGAAACAUUAGCACCAAUAUUAACAAAUGAAGAAAUAUUAACAAGAUUUUGGGAUGGAUUUGAACGUUUAGCUGUUCGUUUGAGAGAUGAUGAUCAUGGUGGAAGACCAAGAAUUUUAAAAUUAAAAGAUUGGCCAACAAAAAAAGAUUUUGCUUCUGUUUUUCCAGCACUUCUUCAUGACCUUAUGAGUAAUAUUCCAUUUAGUGAAUAUACAAAACGAUCAUAUACAUAUGAUAAUGUUACAUAUCAUGGUGGUUCCAUGAAUAUUGUUGAACGAUUGCCUUCAUGUUUAGUUAGGCCUGAUCUUGGACCAAAACUUUAUAUUGCUUACAGUCAACUUAUCAGUCAAGCAACAAGAAAAGCCGGAACAACAAAUCUUCAUAUUGAUGUAUCAGAUGCUGUUAAUGUUCUUGUCUAUGUUGGUAUCGGUGGUCAUGGUGAUAAUGGAUCAGAUAAAGAAGAAGAAAUUCGACAAGUCGAAGCUGAAAUACUUGAUUCAAAUAUUGAUGAAGCUCAAUUACAACGAUUACGAAAUGGAGAACGUCCGGGUGCUCUUUGGCAUUUAUUUCGCUCGGAUGAUGCAAAAAAAAUUCGUGAAUAUGUUGGUCGAUCUCAACGUAAAACUGCUGGUUCUGAUGCUAUACAUGAUCAAACAGCUUAUUUAGAAAAAGAAGAUUUAGAAAAAUUAAGAGAUUGGAGUAAAGUUGAAUCAUAUCCAGUUCUUCAAUUUCUUGGUGAUGCUGUUUUUAUUCCAAGUGGUGCACCUCAUCAAGUGAAAAAUCUACAUUCAUGUAUAAAAAUAGCUGAAGAUUUUGUUUCACCGGAAAAUCUUGAUCGUUGUUUAAUAACAACCAAUGAAUUUCGAUCAUUAUCAAAUACACAUACAAAUCAUGCUGAUAUCUUGCAGGCUAAGAACAUUCUAUACUAUACCAUACGUGAUGCAUUAGAUUCUCUGACUGAAUCAAAUCAAACUGACCCAUCAUUAGAGUCUUCCUCUUCAACUGUACAUAAUUAA